AUGUCGGCUCAUCACACGACAACUCCCGAUCAUUCUUCCCAUAUAAUAUCUGUUAAAAUUUCCAAGAAAAUACCUCGGGAGAACAAGCAAUGGCGCCGUGGUUUAUCGACGGCAGAUCUGGAACGGUUGAGGCGCAGAGCGGAGCCUAUUGGAAUGGCCGGCGUUUGUAUGAUCACACUUUCCAGGGAUCUCAAGACACUCAAUUUCUGUCAUAUGGUUGGGAGCGAGAAAAAAGAAGAAGAUUAUGAGCUUCGGAAAAUAGCAUAUAUCUUUGGACUCCCGCCUGGGGGUUUCAACGUACAUUCUUCACGCAACCUUAUCAUCAUGAGGGGAGACCUCCACGUCGUACUAGAUCAGGGAGGCAUCGCAAUGUUGCCCGACCUGUCCUUGAUGAACAAGAUCGAGGCGAUAUUCAAGGACGCUCGAGACAACGCAGCUCGAACGGGCUCCCAUCUGAAAUUUUUGGACUGGAAGAAGUACGACUGGCUACAGGAUCACCAUACGUAUCGCAUUAUUCCUAUGGCUUCCUUGGGCAUCGAAAAGGUAAUUCGACGCGGAUCCGGUGAGGUGUAUUGGAGUCUUUCGGAGCUGCCGAAGAUCCAGUCCUGGGUCCAUCCCUUGAUUGCCAUCUGGCACGCAGGCGCAAAACUCGAAAAGCUCUCAGGCUCGGCGACAGGCCUUCAGGAUAUGCUUCUCCAUCUCUCACUUGACGACUUCGCAGGCGCAAAACUAGAAAAGCCCUCGGCGACAAGCCUUCAGGAUAUGUUUCUUCAACUCCUCUCACUUGACGACUUCGCACGGCUUCAAUCCGCUUUCAGGAUCUGGCAUAUUUGGAAAUCUAUCUCUCUGCUGGAGGACUAUGAACUAAAAGAGAUCGACGAAGACAAUCGACACUCUCCCAGGAAGAGGGUUGACGGAGACGAAAAUCUUCUUACGACUAGAAGUUCCGCGCCUAAGACGGAGGCUCAGCAAGAUGCGUCUGUGCCGAACGACGGUGACAACGAUACUGGAUCUGGUUCUCGUGGCGGAAAGGACACCGCAGCUAGUUCAGCCAAAGGCAAGAGUGAAGCGUCUCACGCUACUGUCAUGAUCAGCAGGAAACGGAAACAGUCGGACGAUCAAGUCGGUGCAGGUCGAACCACAUCUAAGCGCCGUGUCACCGCUCCGAAAGACCAGGAAGGAGCACGGGUCAAAAGAUCUGCUGCUACUGGUGCGAGUGAGGACGCGACAGGUGGUUCCAGUAGCUAG